AUGCAGAAUCUAGCGAAACGAUCCAGACAAAUGAUACAUGGAAUAAAUAUUGGAACUCAUAACAUUUUUUUAAACCGUUCAAAAACAAAAUCUACAGAUUGGAUUGCCACUCGCCUCGUAAUGGCUUAUAAAUCCAGACAUCAUAUUGAAGUAAGCUCAGUUGCACUGGUAGACUUAAAAGCAGAAAUAUCAAGAAGACAGAUUGAAGUUAAACAAAAAGUUGAGAAACAUCCAGAUGGCUGUAAUGUGAUAAGGAAUCGUUCUGCUGAAUUAAAACCUGGCAAAGUAUCACUGUGGAAAACUUCGAAAGAACAAAUCUUAGAAGAGCGUACAAGGUUGGAAUCUGAAAACAUACCCUCCGAUGCUGAAGAGUAUGCAGAAUGGGAAAAAAGUAGAAGAGCAUUAGAAGCUAAAGCAAAACUCUACGAUGCUCUACGAGAAGCCGCAAUGUCUGGAAAGAAACCUAAUUUAACAAAGAGAGAUGAAAAUGAUGGAGACAUUCUGGUUGAUUUUGAACAAAAAGCCACAGAAAAUUUAAAUUUAGUUCCUCCAGAUUCUCCUACGCGUUCUCGCUCUACUUUUAGUAGCGAUGAAGACUCUGAUAAUUAUCCCGCUGGUUGUAGUGAUGAAGAAUGGGAGGAUUACACAGAUGAACGUGGUGUCAAACGAGUUUGUAUGCGCAAAGACCUGUCUAGUCACAUCAAGCAGUCUAGUCCACCUAAACCAGAUGGUCCACUCACAUAUGCACAUUUGAGAGAAGGAGAAAUACGCGAUCAUGGUGUUGGAUUCUAUUCUUUUUCUACAGAUCUUGAACAGAGAGAGGCUGAAAUGAAUCGCUUACGAGAACUUCAUCGGGCUACUGAAGAAGGACGUGCUCGAGCUGAAGCGAUUCGAGCGAAAAGAGAUGCUAAAAUGGGUCAACGUCUUGCACGCUUGCGUGCCCGUAAAGGUUUACCAGAUGUAGCAACUGCUGCUGCACAGUGUCUGGGAGAGGCUGCAGUUCCUGCAACACCUACUCCAAUAGGUGCAGAUGCCCAAUCUGAUAUUCGUCUGAGUAACGAUGAUCUAGAUGUUGCGUCUAUGUUGCGUAGAUUACGCGAUGAAGCUGAACAUAGAGCUGCUAUCAAUAAUAGUAAAUUGAGUGAAUCGACAAACAGUAUCCCUCCUGAGCCUGAGCCUGAACAUAGAACAAAUUUAGCUGAUGUGCUAGCAUCUCAAAAUCCAAGCCGUCCAUCCUACGGUAGUAAACAAAGAGAAUGGGAUAAAGGAAAGUCAAUGAUUUCAGCACAGCGUUACAUUCAAGAAGAACGUGAUAAGCGAAUUGCAGACUUUGCCCCUCCAUCUCAUUAUUAA